ACAGGCGGUGGGAGAGGUGGAGACGCAGUUGUUUUGAGAAGAUAUUUUAUUUCAUUCCUGUUAUUUGUCUCCCUUCCCUCAGGACACUGUGGUCAUUUGAUUUAGGCUACCUUAGGCUUAGCUCAUGUGUAUGACAGAUUGUAGAGGACACAAUCACCCCAUUGUAUGGUAAAUAACUUUCGAGACCUGUGUCUGUGUUGCUCGUCCUUAGUAGGAAGAUAUGUGCUUCUUUUAUUCAUGUCUUUGAAUAUACUAGUAUUUUAGAAAUCAAAAGCACCAGAUGCCUUGGUGGACGACGUGCACAUUUCUCACUUCCAAAUGUCCUGGCUGUGCUGACAAAGCUUGUCUUUGUCUCAGAAGAAAAUAGUUCUAGCUUCAGUAGAGAGAAGAGGGAGGGCCGAGGAUUAAGCAUUUGUGUGAGAUGCCGGAGACUUGCAAGCUGCUAUCCAAACUGCACUCAGAAGCAUGCACACCGACUUCUCAGAGAGACUCUAAUCUAGCAUGAGUGGUGCAACUGUUUCCCGCCAGUCUGACUGCCAAACCAGCGCCUGUCCCAACUCCCUUCUGCCCAGCUGCCCUUAUCUUUGCAAUUAGAGGCUCCUGGGCCUCCAGUGCAGCAAAGGAUGUGCCACAUCAACGCCGCACACACUCAUCAUGGCGGCCACCGUAGGUAGUGGAAAUGCCCCUGUGUCGGACACUCAAGCCUCAACCUCGGCUGAUCGGAGCUAUGAAGGUUCAACAUUUCAGUACAGCAUGGUCCUGGAGCACCUCAUCGGGGAGAAGAGGCCAAUUAAGGAUCUGAAUCCGACCGUUAUGGGGGGUCUUCCCAAUCCCAUGAAAACCGACGACCAGAAGAUGAUCGAACAGGGAAUGGAGAGCUGUGCUUUCAAGGCGGUGUUGGCCUGUGUUGGAGGGUUUGUUCUUGGGGGAGCGUUUGGUGUGUUCACGGCUGGUAUAGACACCAACGUGGGAUUUGACCCCAAAGACCCCAUGAGAACACCCACGGCCAGAGAGGUUCUCAAAGACAUGGGCCAGAGGGGAAUGUCCUACGCCAAAAACUUUGCUGUCAUUGGGGCAAUGUUCUCCUGCACAGAGUGCAUCAUUGAAUCGCACAGGGGGAAGUCAGACUGGAAGAACGCCGUCUACAGUGGUUGUGUUACUGGGGGAGCAAUAGGAUUUCGAGCUGGGGCGAAGGCUGGCGUGCUGGGAUGUGGAGGUUUCGCUGCCUUCUCUGCUGCCAUUGAGUACUAUCUUCGGUGAAAACCAGGUCAACUUCUAUACCUUUGAACUAUUGUUGAGGGAUCACUGUCCCUCUGGACCAGAAAUACUUUAUACCUCGUGGAGAGAGAAACAUCCCUGCUCUGCAGGUGGAGCAUCUUAUCAUGAGGAUUAUCUACACUUGGACAAUUCCACGUGACUGUAUCCUGUGCACUGUAUUUACAAUGUCAUACAGGGUUGUCCAGGCUUGUGGCCCACUUAUGCUGGCUUUGCCUAUCUAAAAAGUUAAGUCAUUGAGAUGAUCAGUUGUAGUCGAGAGCUGGCUAUUCUCUCGUUUAGUUUUUGUGGGUGAAAUCAAGUCAAUGGCCGCAUUUGCGUGGUAAGGACAAAAGUCGAAGGUGUAUGGGCGACAGCAGCGCUCAGAUCAACAUGGCAGUGUUGCCAUUGUAAUGUAGAAAUAAACAUGUCUCAACACCCAUAAAA